UUGCAUGAGGCCAGGAGAGGCUGCCCAAGUCCAAGGCGGGAGAGCCUGGGAGGAGGGAGGGGCCGCAUCCUAGAAACCCAAGAGCUCAGGCAGGGGUCCAUCCCUCCCCUCCCCCUCCUGAAGACCCCUGGUCCUCCCACUGACCCCCACCCUUCGCCUGCCAGCUAGCCAGGCCAGUCCAGAACAGGAGGUCCUGAGGCUUAGGAAAGAGGAGCAUGGUUCCACCCUGGCUGGGCACAGACACUUCUACUCCAGGGGACUUGCCAGCAGAUGGGCAGCACUUGAAGCGCCCAUACAACCUCCCUCACUGCCCCCUGAGGAGCAACUGUUCAGGAGCCCUGGUGUGUUCACCCAGGUGGACCUGAGGGCCCCCCUUGGCCAUUCUCAACACUCAGACCCUCUAAAGAAGUUCCCCUGGCAGUCAAAUAGGGUGUGUCCACCAGUCCUAGCUUCAGGCCAAGACCCCAGACCCUUCCCAGCUCAGGUGCCGAGGUGUAGGAACCCCUCCUGUCUGUGAAGUCCCUCAGGUGCCUCACUCUGUUCAACCUGGGAAGAAAGACUGGAGUCACAGAGAUUGCAUAGAAUGCCCCUCACCUCCCAGCAGAGAUGCGGGACCACCUGUAGGAGGGGGUCUCCAGGUGGGCCCAUACCCUACAGUGCAGAAGUGAGAUUGCUGGGCCUCUGGCAUCUGCUGACUGCCCUGCCUGCCGCUCUCUGGACCUCCUCUCCAGCCCCAGACUGGCUGUCAUCACAGCCACUGCCAGCCAGGUGGCAGAAGUACUAAGUGGCUCAAGUGGUCAGGAAGGACUGGGGCUGGGUCCUGGGGGCCCAUCAGACCUCCAAUUGAGAACCCCUCCCCUGACCUCAACUCUUCCAUCCCAGCCGGCUCCGGGGAACUGAGGUGGCAGCUGAGCCCCUCGUUAACCCCUCUAGCUCCACAGCUGGUGAGGAACCCGAGUCCCCCGGGAUGCCCCGACCAGCUGUUCCCUCUGCCUGAUGCACAGAGCCACCUGCAUCUGGGGGUCUCUAUUUCUUCUUUCUCCUUUGCCUUGACUGGCCGUCCCACUUCCAAGACCGCUGCCUGGGGCACCCUAUUGCUGUGAGGCCUGGCAGGAGAGGGGUGUUCCCUACCGGCCCCUCCCUUGUGCCCGCUCUACUCUGGCCAGGACACCACCUCCAGCCGGUCCCGGCUGCCUGCCCGGUCACCGGAUCCGCCCCAUAAACUUGAUGGCGUGUGGGGCGGUGGCUGGCUUGCUGGGGGCGGGGGCUGCUCCUUAAAGGAGCCGUCAGAGGGUGCCCCGUAGCCCCUAGGCUUCUCCCCUUCUCCAGGGCGAGAAGGGGCUGGGGAGGGGAGGCACUGCUGCCGGAGUUCUUGGUGGAGUGUGGGAAGGGAGCUGGGUGUUUUGUGGCGUCUGGAACCUCACCGGCCCAGAAGAGGCAGCGGCAAGUAUCCCGGGGCAGAGUCCAGGGCGGCUCAAGGCUCCUCCACACACGCCUGCUGAACCCUGAGCACCCUGAGCCGCUGGGAUGGGGCGGGCUGAGGCCGCCGCCAUGAUCCCGAGCCUGGCUCUGCUCUGGGCAGCGGUGCUGGGGGGUGCCAUCCCCAGCCUCCCACGCCUUCGGCUCUCCUUCCAAGAGCUCCAGGCCCGACAUGGUCUCCGGACCUUCAGGCUGGAGAGGACCUGCUGCUACGAAGCUUUGCUGGUGGACGAGGAGCGUGGACGCUUGUUUGUGGGUGCCGAGAACCAUGUGGCCUCCCUCAGCCUGGACAAUAUCAGCAAGCGGGCCAAGAAGCUGGCCUGGCCGGCCCCUGUGGAAUGGAGAGAGGAGUGCAACUGGGCGGGGAAGGACAUUGGUACUGAGUGCAUGAACUUCGUGAAGCUGCUGCAUGCCUACAACCGCACCCACCUGCUGGCCUGUGGCACAGGGGCCUUCCACCCAACCUGUGCAUUUGUGGAGGUGGGUCACCGGCUGGAGGAGCCCGUGCUCCAGCUGGACCUUCGAAGGCUAGAGGAUGGCAAGGGCAAGAGUCCUUAUGACCCCAGGCAUCGGGCUGCCUCCGUGCUGGUGGGGGAAGAGCUGUACUCGGGGGUGGCCGCAGACCUCAUGGGCCGGGACUUUACCAUCUUCCGCAGCCUAGGUCAGCGUCCGAGUCUCCGAACAGAGCCACACGACUCCCGCUGGCUCAACGAGCCCAAGUUUGUCAAGGUAUUUUGGAUCCCGGAGAGUGAGAACCCGGAUGAUGACAAGAUCUACUUCUUCUUCCGUGAGUUGGCAGUGGAGGCCACGCCGGCACUGGGACGCCUGUCCAUUUCCCGUGUUGGCCAGAUCUGCAGGAACGACGUGGGUGGCCAGCGCAGCCUGGUCAACAAGUGGACAACGUUCCUGAAGGCACGGCUGGUAUGCUCGGUGCCUGGCGUUGAGGGUGACACGCACUUCGACCGGCUCCAGGACGUGUUCCUGCUUUCUUCACGGGACCGCUGGACCCCACUGCUCUAUGCUGUCUUCUCCACAUCUAGCGGCAUCUUCCAGGGCUCCGCAGUGUGUGUGUACAGCAUGAACGACGUGCGCCGGGCCUUCCUGGGACCCUUUGCACACAAGGAGGGGCCCAUGCACCAAUGGGUGUCCUACCAGGGCCGCGUGCCCUACCCCCGGCCUGGCAUGUGCCCCAGCAAGACCUUUGGCACCUUCAGUUCCACCAAGGACUUUCCUGAUGACGUCAUCCAGUUUGCCCGGAACCACCCCCUCAUGUACAAUUCAGUCCUGCCCAUGGGGGGACGCCCUCUCUUCCUACAAGUGGGUGCCGGGUAUAACUUCACCCAGAUCGCUGUGGACCGUGUAGCUGCUGCUGAUGGACACUAUGACGUCCUCUUCAUUGGCACAGAUGCCGGCACAGUGCUGAAGGUGAUCUCGGUCCCCAAGGGCAGCUGGCCUAACGCCGAGGGUCUGCUCCUGGAGGAGCUGCAUGUGUUUGAGGACUCAGCCGCUGUCACCAGCAUGCAAAUCUCCUCCAAGAGGCACCAGCUGUACGUAGCCUCGCCGAGCGCAGUGGCCCAGAUCCCGUUGUACCGCUGUGCUGCCCACGGCCGUGCCUGUGCCGAAUGCUGCCUGGCGCGUGACCCCUACUGCGCCUGGGAUGGGGCUGCGUGCACGCGCUUUCAGCCCAGUAGCAAGAGGCGGUUCCGGCGGCAAGACGUAAGGAAUGGGGACCCCAGCACGCUGUGCUCUGGGGACUCGUCCCAUCCCACGCUGCUGGAGCGGAAGGUGUUUGGUGUGGAGGGCGGCAGCGCCUUCCUGGAGUGUGAGCCCCGCUCACUGCAGGCGCGUGUGGAGUGGACCUUCCAGCGCUCAAGGGAGGCAGCCAGCACCCAGGUGCCGGCGGAAGAGCAUGCGGAGCGCACUCCGCGAGGGCUGCUGCUGCGUGGGCUGCGGCGCGGGGAUGCGGGCGUGUACCUGUGCGCAGCAGUGGAGCAGGGCUUCUCGCAGCCGCUGCGUCGCCUCGCCCUGCACGUGCUGAGUGCUGCGCAGGCCGAAAGGCUUGCCCGGACGGAGGAGGCUGCGCCCGUCGCGCCGCCGGGCCCCAAGCUCUGGUACCGGGACUUCCUGCAGCUGGUGGAGCCAGGCGGCGGUGGCGCGAGCUCCCUGCGAAUGUGUCGUCCGCAGCCCGCGCCGCGCCCACCUUCUCCGGAGUUGCGGAGGAAGGGCCGCAACCGGCGGACACAUGCCCCAGAGCCCCGGUCUGAGCGGGGGGCCGCGCAGCGCAGCGCACUAGUGACUCGGCCAUCCCCACGCCGGGGACUGGGGAGGCGACGACAGGCGGGAGAGAGGGGGCGGACAGACCCUGGGAGACGGACAGCUGGGUGCCGGACACACUGCCGUCCCCGGCCGAUGGACACCGACUGACAGGCCCUGGCCGAGGGGCAGCCGCGCUGGCUUAUUUAUUAACAGAGGAUAACCCUUGAAUGUAGCCCCUGGAGGGUGGCCCAGGCCAGGCACAGGGUCCGGCUGGUGGCUGGCUGGGAGAAGGCAGAGAAGCAAGGCUCCAGAGCCACGAUCUGGGCGGGGGAGGUGACCCGAGUGCUCACCCUGGGGGAAGGACCUCCUCCUUGGGCAGUGAGCAGAAAGCUGUGAACAGCCUGGGCUGUUGGGGGUGGGGGUGGGGCAGGCCGACUGUACUAAUGCAAUAAACACACUAUCAGCUGAAGCUGGAAUGGCCCCAGCAGACAACCGCUGGUCCUAGGUCUUGCUGUGUGGCCUUGGGCACCUUCCUAGCUGUCUCAGGACCUCAGUUUUUUCUGUCUAAGGAUGCUGCGGUGAGGAUUAAAGGUGGUUUCCAUGUGA